CCUGGUCUUCUCUACACAAAUGGCACUUAUAUUGAAAAUAACGGACUCAUCAACGAUUGCCAAUCACGCGGUUCUGUGGCCAAUACAUUGCCGUUUGUAUUGUCUGCCUGUGGUUAUGAUGUUUGGAUAGAAAACCUAAGAGGAAAUCAAAAGCAGUCCGAAUCGGAGGCUUCGGUCGAAAACAACCGGCUUUUGGCCGAUAUUUUUGCGUGCAUCCAUACGCUGAUUAUGUGGUGCCAUUCAAUGGCUGGACUCACGGAGACUUUCUCUAUGCCAAUAGUGUCGGGCGUUAUGUAAACGCACCCAUUCUUUACAUAUUGAAAUCAUUAGAUUUAUUUUAAAAUAUUUCAAAUUAAUGUAAUUUAUUUGUGUAAAAUUAAG